AUGGAGACUCGAACCAAGUAUACAAAACCGAUCAAUAACCGCCCUGAUGAGUGGAAGGUUGAGCAAGGCCUUGCUGCUUACAAACUUCCCAUCAUUGAUCAAAGCGGAAAAUCAGUCUUCUUCGUUGCUCCGCCCGCGGAACAACCGGUCACAAAAAAUGAAAAGACCCUCCGCGCUAUUGGUGACCGAAGUAAACUUUUUGCCCGUGAAAAGCCGGGCUGGACAGGAUACGUUGAGUGGGAGGCUUACCCCGAAAAGAAAGCCAAAGCACAUGAAGUUUUGACAUCGCAAACUUUUGCCCCUUGUCCAGACUUUCAAUGGGGACCUAUACCUCCUACCAACCCUACGGUUCUGAAAGAGAAACACCCUGAAAUGCUGCACCUGCUGCAAUUCCCGUACAACGGAGAGCCGCCCAAAAGAUUGGUUACAAACAAGGCUAUUACUCCAAACUCACUUCAUUUCGUGCGUAACCACGGUGGUAUCCCUCUUAUUGACGAGAAAAAAUUUGAGUUACAACUCGAUGGUCUUGUCAAGUCCCCGAAAACAUAUACUAUGAAAGAUUUGAUGGACGAGUCAGUCUUUCCACAGAUGGAGAAGACUAUUACUAUGCAAUGCUCAGGAACCCGUCGGAUUGAGCAGAUCUCUAUGUACGCUGGUCAAGGCGACGAAGUUCCCCAGGCACCGUGGGCCGAAGGUGCCAUAGGUACUGCGAGAUACAAAGGCAUAAGUCUCAAAAAGCUGAUCAAAGAUUGUGGAGGGCUGGUCAGCAACGCCAAGCACCUUGAAUUCUAUGGCGUUGACACCUAUGUGAAAGACCUUAAUGUCGGAAACUACGUUGUCAGUGUCCCAUGGUCCAAGGUCAAGAGCAAUGAAGUUAUCCUUGCCUGGGAGAUGAAUGGUGAACCACUCCCUAAGAUUCACGGAUUCCCAUUACGAGUGAUCGUGAUGGGAUACAUUGGAGCCCGCAGUGUGAAAUGGCUGUAUCGAAUUAAGGCCAUUAAGAGUCCAUCCCUGGCGCCUGUUCAAAGCAGAGAGUAUCUGUACUUUAACCAACAGAUGGGUAAGUAUAACCAACGCCCCAUGGAUGGAAUCCAGAUCCAGGAAAUGCCUGUAAGCUCUGCUAUCAUGUCUCCAUGGCAGAAUCAAGUGAUUAUGCAUAGUGGUAAUAUAUUUUGCAAGGGCUGGGCUUAUUCUGGUGGUGGCCGGUGGCCUGAACGUGUGGAGUUAUCAGCCGAUGGAGGCUUCAGUUGGUACGCUGUUCCAGAAGAGAAUCUAUCGAAGAAGGGGAAAUGGGCUUGGAGAUCAUGGGAAAUCGACCUUCCUUGCGAUGUAGAAGGUUGGAUCGAGAUUGUGUGCAGAUGUUGGGACAAUUCUUUGAAUACCCAACCACUUAACGUGCGAGCAGCCUGGAACUGGGGUCUACAUGUCACGUCCUCAGCACACCGCAUCAAGAUCUACAGCGUGAACAAAACCCAUAAGCUCACACAGCAAAAGUUGGCGCAAUUCAAAGAGCAUGACAUUCCACUUGCUCCUCUGACCAGAUACGACCCUGUUCCGGGCAUUACCGACCGGGAAAUUGCGAAGUACCAGGACUCCCACCCUCGCGAUGUCGACGAAUGA